AUGGCUCCGCGCAAGCCUCGUUGCAAUUUCAAGGAGUGCAAGGAAGCUGCCCAACGCAUCGUCGGCGACUGCAGUUUCUGCAACGGCCACUUCUGCUCCAAACACCGGAUGCUGGAAGCUCACUCGUGCACCGGUCUCGAGGACUGCAAGAAGGAAUCCCACGCCCGGAAUGCCGAUAAACUCAACAAUGAGCGGACUCAAGUCAUUAAGGGGGUAUAA